ACGGCGUUUGUUCUUUCUGUAGUGAAUCCGUGAGUCUUCACUAAACCGCCGGAGUUAGGAAGAAGAAGACGACGACGAAGAUGAGUUCAUCGUUUGCUCUUCGAGAUUUGCAGAGAGACCUAGAGAACAAGGCCAAUGAUCUCGGCAAACAUCAGAAAGAAAUCGCGAAGAAUCACCAGCUGAGGAAGAAGUAUACGAUCCAACUCGGUGAGAACGAGCUCGUGCUUAAGGAGUUGGAUUUGCUGGAGGAAGACGCAAACGUCUACAAACUGAUUGGUCCGGUGCUAGUGAAGCAGGAUUUGGCAGAAGCAAACGCAAAUGUUCGCAAAAGAAUCGAGUACAUCUCUGCUGAAUUGAAACGGCUUGACAGAUUUAUCCAAGGUCUGGAAGGAGAACAAAACAGCAAGAGAGAAGCGAUGAUGAAAAUACAACAACGGCUACAAUCUAUCCAGGCUGGAAAAGCAAAGGCUUGAUUGAGCUUGUCAGUUGCAACCACAUUUGUCGAAGCCCUUACACUUGUGCUCGGCCCAGUCUUAGUGGUGUCAUAUUUCAGUUAUUGAGAGUUCCUGUGGUUUCAGUUUUGUGGUGAUGGAUGUCUCUAAUUUUCUGUGUUGACUACUGCACUUGAAUGUGUAAACUUAUACAGAUCUUUACGCCCUCUCAGUUAUGAAUUUAGAGAUUUACACAA